GAAGUCUACUCUGUUUCAGUGCCAGAAGCCUUCUCAGUAAAGGAGAUCAAUCUUACUGUGCCGCAUUAUCCUGCAAAACAGUGGCGGCAUGUGCAUGAUCUGAAGCUGCCGGACUGCCGUGGGCGCAAGGUGGAACUCCUACUCGGAGCUAACGUGAUUGAGGCGGUCCUACAGCUAGAAGUGAGAACCGGCAGCCCCGGUGACCCUGUCGCGAUCAGAACUGUGUUCGGUUGGACACUGACAGGCUCUGUAGCUGGACUCGUUCCCGGACAGAUGCGUGAUGUUAUGCUGAUUCAUCACUCAUCUGAGGAGUCCCAGUUGUGCGCAGCGAUAAGCGACUGGUGGACGACUGAGUCGUUUGGGAGCAUGUUUGAAGGCCAGGCGUCUUAUUCUCAGAAGGACACUCGAGCCCAGACUAUGCUCGAUAGCACCACGAAGCUGCAAGAUGGUCGCUACGAAGUAGGACUCCUCUGGAAACAAGAAGACACGAAGAUGCCUGACAAUCGCAAGAUGGCAGAGAGGCGACUGGAGUCGCUGGAGAGGAGCCUGUCGCGGGAUCCUACGAGAGCAGCACGAUACAUCCUGCUGAUCACGUGCCUCGCGACUCGGGCCUUGCAUCUGGAACUCGUCAGCUCCAUGGACACAGACGGCUUUCUCAUGGCGUUUAGGCGCUUCGUCGCCCGCCGCGGACGGCCACGUGUCGUCUGGUCUGAUAACGGAUCCAACCUAGUGGCAGGAGAGAAGGAGCUCAAGGUCUGUUUGGAUGAAUGGAACCAGGAGAAGAUCGUCGAUGAACUCAGCCAAAGACAGAUUGACUGGCGGUUCAACCCACCUAACGCAAGCCACAAGGGAGGAGUGUGGGAGCGACUAGUAUCCUCGGUCAAGCGUGCUCUGCGGGUCGUGCUCGGAAACCAGUGCGUCUCAGAAGAAGUGUUGUGUACUGUACUGACGGAGAUUGAGUUUGUACUCAAUAGCCGUCCGCUGACCUAUGUCAGCACGGACAUUGGUGACCCGGAGCCCCUCACUCCGAACCACUUCGUCUUGGGCUACCCGGAGGCCGCCUUCCCGCCUGGCAUCUUCGCUGAAAGUGAUGUCCUCGGCCGUGGAAAGUGGCGGCAGUCCCAAGCACUCGCCGAUCAGCUAUGGCGAAGGUGGCAGAAAGAAUACCUACCACUGCUGAUUCAACGGAAGAAGUGGGUGCGUGAAACCCGAGAUCUACAAGUUGGUGAUGUCGUCCUCAUGGUGGAUCAAGAGUCGCCCAGAGGUUACUGGCCGCUGGCGAGGAUCACAGAAGUAACCACAAGCGAUGAUGGUCGAGUGCGCUCAGUGUCGCUGCAGACGGCAAGAGGAUCCGUCUACCGUCGUCCGGCAAACAAAGUUUGCUUCUUGGAAAGUUGUGAGAGAUCCCAGUGAAGCGGGAGUGGAGCUGAGCUGAAAGCUUGAGCGCUCGGGCAGUAAGUUGGAGGAUGUGCAUGCUGCAAAUCAAUGGACUAAAGGGCAGUGUUCGUGUCAUGUCAUAUAGGCCAGUAGUCGCACGUAUUAUUGGUGUUCUACCCAGUAGAACACUGGGGGGAGUGUUGCGACUAGCCGACAAUUUAUCCGUGUUUUUAUUUAGUGGUCCGUCAUCUCAAGCCGGAGGUAUUUCAUCUGGAAAGCCGCGAGAAAAUAUGUGUUCAGCGAUAUUUAGUUGCAGUGAGAACGAGCGAAUGUAAAUCAUGUAAAGGAAGAACGGCACUGAUUUACCUGUUUGCAUAUACGUGAAAUGCCAUAGAAUGAGUUAAGUGGUAAAUGUGGCUUAAUUUUGCUCGGAACAGUUUAAAACCUAUUCAAUCAUGUAAACUAAAGCUGCAAUGAUCAUGUAGUCGCUGUUGAACCGGCUCUGAUGCUUUGGUGUUGAAUGGAGUUAAUAGAAACCGUCAUUUUAA